GGUCUUGGUGCUACUGCAUAUAUAAUUUAAUUAAGGUUGGAAUUUGUGUUUUUUUUCCCUCCUACCAUAUUUAUAGGAAAAAAGCUGAAAAACUCUCUAGAACAUGUGAGAAGAGGCUUGAACAAUAACAAAAAAAGCAAAAAUUUCAUACAAGUUUCCCCAUGUCCACAGUGACAGAAAUAGGUCACAUUGGAGUCACAUGGCAUGCCCUCUAUCUACUUGUCCCCAUGUAGAAUGAAGUCCUCACCUUCUAUAGCUCCAGCAUAGGGAAUGUCAAAAAUAAAUAAAUAAAUAAAAUUUACCAUUACCAAAGGAAAAACUUUCUCCCAUUCAAGAAAUAGCAAAGGAUUAUGAAGUCAGCAAUUUGGAAAUAGUCAAAGGCUUGAGGAAAACUCAUACAAAUUACUCUGGAACCACAUGGGCAGGCAAUGAGAGCUCACUUCCAAAGAAGCCACCUCACCUUUUGGUAUACAAAAGAGUUCAUCUCUAAAAGCCAAGGGACAGUGGCAAAAUUUUCAUUUAUUUACUUGACACAAUAUCACAGCAAUGCAUGCUUUCUGACGAAAUGCUGAAAGAAUCUUCAUUAGGGAAAACAAAAAACAGCAAGAUGCAGACCUGGCACCAGGAGGUCAAAAGUGACUUAUUCUGUCUACUAGUAUUCUGUGGUAAAAGAAGAGGAAAGAUGCCAAGAGCACAAAUAAUGUGGGGAAAAGUAGGGAAUAGAACCCUAAAGUGAAAAUAAGAGAAGAUAGAUGCAUUUAGUCAAUUUUCAGAUGGGGAAACUGAGGCUCUGAGAGAGUCAGCAACCUGCCCAUUUGGAAAUUGAAGAGGAGGGCAGCAGGUAUCACAGACUUCUGUUGCUCCCUUCCCCCUUCCAAGUCUAAAAAGGAAGAAAAAAAAAAAAAAAUCACAGGAGGCCUGUGAAAAGAGGCAUCUCUCUACCUAUUAGUGGACUGCCAGGCUAUGCUGACCUGGAUCCUCUCUAAUUGGUGGUAAAUUAAAAAGCCCUGAGAGGAUAGGGGCCAAAUGUGAUUAGGCAAUUAAUAAAGGCAGGAAAUGAUGCUGAGCAAAAAAAAAGUCUGGGACUGCCUCUGUUCUUCCUGCCAGACUGGCUGCCACUUAAGAGGGGCCUGAAAUAGACUCCAGGUGUGGAACUUUCUCCACAAAGGAUGGAGGCACCAUGGAAGGAAUGAAGGCCUGAAGCCAGAGCCCCUUCUUCCUCCUCCCUCAUUCCAUGCCUUGUCUCCCUAGGCCCCAGUAAUAAAAGUUAUUAUUAAAUUACAUAUAACUCUGCCAGAGAUCUGCAAACUAUGGCCUCUGGACCAAAUCCAACCUGCCACUGGUUUGUAUGCAGCUAUCAAGCUAAGAAUGAUGUUUACAUUUUUAAUAUAAUCCUUAUUUAAAAAUGUAAAACCCAUUCUUAGUUCAUAGGCUGUACAAAAGAGGCAGCGAGCCAGAUCUGGCCCGAAGGCUGGAGUCUGCCAACUCCCGAACUCUAUAACCCCUCACAACUGACAAAGCAUUCAUUCUCCCCUGGGAUGAAGCUAUAAUUCUGUGGCUCAGGGUCCUACAUCCCCCAAAGUUUAGCACAGGGUUCUACAAGAUGCUAAGCACUUAACAAAUGGUUUUUGAACGAAUGUGUGGUUUGAACUCAAAAGAUAUGGGGUUGCCUUUUAGCUCUGCUGAUUACUCCACAGGCAAAUCAUUCACUCUCCUUUGGCCUCAGUUUACUCCCAUGCAAAAAUAAGUUAGUUCUAAAUUUCAUAAUAAUUCACAUUCCUAUAGUGCUUUAAGGUUACAAAGUGCUUGCCUCAACACAAUACUGCUGACAAGCAAUGAAAAUACUAUUAUGUUCAUUUUUUCCAGAGGGAAACUGAAAUUCAGCGAUAUGAAAGGAUGUGCCAGCAACCAUGACUCAAUAAGGUUUGUUUCCACUGCAGUUCAGUUCCUAACAAAGGCAAAGCCCUGGAUUUGGAGGCAGGGAAUCCUAAAUUCAAACCCUACCUUUGUUUUGAAUGCCUUCCUGACGCCAAGACUAGUUCUCUAUCGACCAGAAAAUAAAAUAAAAAUGUUGCUAUUAUUGGGGUGUCACUUUGAUUGAUUAAAAUCUUGGUUUUGUCCUUGGACAAUUCAUUGAACUCUAAUCCUCUGGGACCCAGUUCCCUCAUCUGUAAAAUGUGAGGAAGCUGGUUUAGAUGACUUUGAAAAUCCUUUCCAGUUUUAUAUCGAUCUCAUAUAUGAUAUGAAAUAAAUUCCGGCGAGGAAACACAUGUUGAAAUUCUUAGCGCUAAAAUGUGAAGGUCCUGGUCCCAGCAGAGGUCGCUGCAAAAAAUGUCCCUGCUCACUUGCCGUAAUCUCCUUCACGCGGUAAACACGACUUUUAACCUUAGAAGCUUCUGCCAGAAAGAAAAAUGGCGGCAGCGUUGGCGGCGACAGGCUGUCUGCAGCAAGCACUCCGAAGGGUACCGGGAUGGAAAAGGCCCUGCUCAGGAGCCCGGACACGCCACCGUCAGCUUUCCUCCAGCCCUCCUCAACCUUCGGCCUCGGCCGUGAGAACUGCCUUCCUUCAUUUCUUCCGGGAUCGUUACGGCCACCAGCUAGUGCCCUCUGCUUCCGUACGGCCUAGAAGCGACCCCGGUCUCCUCUUUGUCAAUGCGGGAAUGAACCAGUUCAAACCAAUCUUCUUGGGCACAGUGGACCCUCGAAGUGAGUUGGCACGGUUCCGUCGAGUAGCCAACAGCCAGAAGUGUGUUCGGACAGGAGGAAAGCAUAAUGACCUAGAGGAUGUGGGCCGAGACCUUUCUCACCACACCUUUUUUGAGAUGCUUGGCAACUGGGCAUUUGGAGGGGAAUACUUUAAGGAAGAGGCCUGCAGCAUGGCCUGGGAGCUGUUAACCCAAGUCUAUGGAAUUCCCCAGGAUAGGCUGUGGGUUACCUACUUUGAUGGUAACCCUUCUGAAGGGUUGGCCCCAGACCACGAAAGCAGGGAUAUCUGGCUCAGCUUGGGGGUACCUUCUACUCGAGUGCUUCCCUUUGGGUCAAUGGAGAACUUCUGGGAGAUGGGUGAAAUAGGACCUUGUGGACCAUGUACUGAAAUCCACUAUGAUCUAUCAGCAGGAGUGGGUCCUCCCCAACUAGUAGAACUCUGGAAUCUUGUCUUCAUGCAGUACAACAGGGAAGCAGAUGGAAGCCUGCAACCCCUGCCCCAGCGGCAUGUGGACACUGGCAUGGGCCUGGAAAGGCUGGUAGCCGUGUUGCAGAACAAACAUUCUACUUAUGAUACAGAUCUCUUCUCCCCACUGCUUACAGCUAUACACCAGGGCUGCAGGGCACCCCCAUACCAGGGCCGCAUAGGGGUGGCAGAUGAGGGACGCACAGACAUGGCAUAUCGUGUGGUGGCAGACCAUGUCCGCACCCUGAGUAUCUGUAUGGCUGAUGGCGUUUACCCCGGCAUGACUGGAGCCUCACUGAUUCUCCGCCAAAUCCUUCGCCGAGCCAUUCGUUUCUCGUCAGAGGUACUGCAGGCACCUCCGGGCUUCCUGAGCAGCCUGGUGCCCGUCGUUGUGGAGAUUCUGGGAGAUGCCUACCCAGAGCUGCAGAAGAACAGUUCUCAGAUUGUCAGCUUGAUCACAGAGGAAGAAGGCGCCUUCCUAUCCUGCCUAGAACGAGGCCGCCGCGUCAUCGAGCGAACCCUAAGUCAGCUGGGCCCCUCUGAAUUGUUCCCAGCUGAAGUAGCUUGGUCUUUAUCUGGGAACCUGGGGCUGCCCUUGGACCUGGUGGGGCUGAUGCUGGAGGAGAAAGGUAUCCAGCUGGACUCAGCUGGUCUGCAGCAACUCUCUCAGGAGGAGGCCCAGCGUCGGAGCCAAGCUCAACAGGCAAAGCCAGCGGAGAAAUUGGAAUUGUGCCUGGAUGUCCAUGCCCUGGGCCAUCUGCAGAAGCAAGGGGUCCCCCCGACGGAUGACUCCUCCAAGUAUAAUUACUCAUUGCUUCCUAAUGGGUGUUAUGAAUUUGGAACCUGUGAAGCUGAGAUAAUACGGUUGUAUAACCUGGAUGGGGUGGCCAUAGACUCAGUUGGAGGGGGUCAACGUUGUGGCCUCCUCCUGGAUAAAACCUGCUUCUAUGCUGAGCAAGGGGGCCAGGCUUCUGAUCGUGGCUACCUGAUAUGCAAAGGGCAACAAGAUGUGCUGUUCCCAGUCAUUGGGGCCCAGACGUAUGGAGGUUUCAUUCUACAUGAGGUGAUAGCCCCUGAAACCUUGAAGGUGGGAGACCAGGUACAGCUGUAUGUAGAUGAGGAGUGGCGUCUGGGUUGCAUGAAGAAACAUACAGCUACCCAUUUGCUGAGCUGGGCCCUGAGGCAGGAGCUAGGCCCAGGCACUGAGCAGUGUGGCUCCCACCUCAGUCCCGAGAGACUUCGCUUUGAUGUGUCCACACUAGCCUCAUUGACACCCAAGCAGCUUCAGACAGUAGAGAAAACUAUACAAGAGGCUGUGGGGAGGGAUGAGCCUGUGUAUAUGGCUGAGGUGGCUCUGGAGCUGACCACCCAAGUUCCAGGUUUACGAUCACUUAAUGAGAUAUACCCUGAUCCUGUUCGGGUGGUGUCUGUGGGGGUACCAGUAGCCAGUGUCCUGGCCCCCACCUCUCAGGCUGCACUGCACACCUCCGUAGAACUGUGUUGUGGCACGCACCUCCUACGCACAGGGGCCAUAGGGGACCUGACUAUUGUGGGGGAACGACAGCUGUCCAAGGGCAUCAUCCGCUUGGUGGCUGUCACUGGAGAGCAGGCCCAGCAGGCCCGUGACGUUGGUCAGAAUCUGGCUGAAGAGGUAGAAGCAGCUGUAGCUCGAUUGAGCCAGGGAAAUCAAGAUAUCAGAAUGGCUCAGCAAUUAUCAAAGGAUGUGGGACGGCUCAGUGAUACAGUGGACACAGCUGUGAUGCCCCAGUGGCAGCGUCGAGAGUUGCAGGCGGUCCUGAAGAAGCUGCAGCGUCGUGCCAACACUGCCAUCCGAAAACUGGAGGUGGAGCUGGCCACAGCAAAAACCCAGGAGCUUCUGGAGAGACACCCUGUGGGGCCCUUCAUUAUAGAUGCAGUCCCGGCUGAGUCCCUCUCGCUGCUAGUGAAGGUGGCGAAACAGGUGUGUGAGCAAGUCCCUGGCACCUCCGUGUUACUGCUCAGUGCCCAGGCCCCAGGGAAGGUCCUGUGUGCCUGUCAGGUGGCUCAGGAUGCAGUCCCUACCUUCACUGCUGAAACCUGGGCAUCGGUUGUGUGUAGCCAGAUGGGAGGCAAGGCCUGGGGCUCCCGAGUUGUGGCACAGGGCGCAGGCAACACUGGUGAUGUGGAGGCCAUGCUGAACAUUGCCCGAUCCUUUGCCCUCAGCCAGCUCUAACCCAGGACUUUGGGGGUGAAGAGGCUGCUCAGUUGAGCAGGAGCCAGAGCCCAGUGCCUAACAACUAAGAAACCAGGGAUGGAGACAGAAGCAGGAACAUGAGAAGAGCCAAGGCAUAACUAUCUCAUGGUCCUUUGUCUGGGCCAGCUUUCCCUUUGUGGGGCAGGCCUCUGAGACUCGGUGAUCCCAGAAGGAUAACUGCUCCCUCACAGCUCAGGGAAGAGGGAAAAAGAAAUAUAUGGAGAAUGAUGGCAUUUUGGAACUGCUCCUCCUCCACCUCAGAGGGAGGAGGAAACUGUCCAGGCUGUUACUAGGAAGGGAAGGGCCCUUCCUUUCCCCUCCCAUCUCAAACUGCUCUCGGCAUCCAUCACUUCUGCUUGUUCCCUCAGGCCUGUCUGGGGGACGGGAGGGACUUGGGACUAGCCUAGGAUCUGAGCCCUUGCUCCCCAUUGAUUCAGAGUCUCUGCAGAUGGCAUCAAACCAGGCUGAGCCACAGGGAGGUCUCCAAAAUUAAAAAUGUAAGGGUCUUGGGUCCCUGGCACUCUGGGAACACUCAGAUCAGACUGAAAAUUAAACAACAUUUCUGCA